AUGCUUUUGAUCAUUGAAGCUCUUCUCAUCUUAUCUGCUCUAGAACAGGAUUACAGAGUCGCUGCUGCAGAUCUGAUAUUGCCGUUGGAUAUGGCAUCAAAUUCUGUCGAUGACCAAUAUAAAGGCUGUAGAGACAAAAUGGCAAAUCUGGUAAAGACCGAAUAUCUGAAGAAGGAAAUGAGCAACUCAGAAGAAUUCAGAACAGCUUGGAAAAAAGGGGAAGCUUUUGUCAAGGACCAAGUUGAUAGCCUGACGAGAAAUAAUUUAAUUGCAAUUUAUGUGUACAGCGAUGCUGGUAUAUAUCGUGAUUUCAAUUCUGACACACGCUGUGAUAAAAUCAAGUACAAACAAAGGAAAUACAAGUGGUAUUCACUUCACUUUCUGUUGACUGAAGCGAUUCAGAUUUUGAAGAAAACGCAAAAGAAAUGCUUUUCAACUUUUCGUGGAACUAACAGCGAAUUUAACAAAAAUGGGUUGAACAAAAAGGUUCGUUUUGGUUCGUUUGUGUCAUCAUCUCUCGAUCGUAAAAUAGCAUCAUUUUUCGGAAAAGUAUCAUGCUUUGAAAUCAGAACUUGUAAAGGUGCUGAGGUCACAGAAUAUUCAAAGCUUCAGCAUGAGAGAGAGGUGUUGAUACCUCCAUAUGAGGUUUUUAAAGUCACUGCUGUUAAGAUAAGAGAAGUUCAGAUAGAUCUCUGGUGUGAAACUGUGUUCACUUUAAAACCCUCUGGGAAAAAAAGUGACCUGGACUGUGCUCUGUUCAAAAAAUCAAACAAGACUGUAGCUAAAUACAAUGUCAUACAUUGAUUUUCAAUGUAAAUCAAUAGCCGCGUUUCCACUAUCGCGCCUAAAGCGAGCGAGCCAGGGCGAGCCAAGGCCAGUCGCGUUUCCACUAUCACUUCCGGGGCGUAAUCGGGCCAAAGCGGGGCUUCCUUGGGGCCAGCGUCCGGCCUUUUUCGGCCCACCGAAUACCUUGGGCCAAGGAGGGCCAACUGGGGCUUCGGGGCGGGGUUACGUACAAAGGCGGAGUUUUCCUGUCAGGUAAAGAGGAGACAAGAUGCUUUCUUCCCUUACAUUUGUUUUGCUAUCGCGCUUGAUCAACUCACUAAGAAGAAGAAAAAAUGGAUAGCAGACAGUACUGGUCAGUUGAGGACACCAGGGCUCUUCUGAACAUUUGGGCCGAGGAAAAUGUUCAGAGGCAAAUAGACGGCGUUUGCAGAAAUGAGGACGUUAUCAAGUACAUCGUACAUCGCUGUCUGGCCUUACACCAACAGACCACAAACAGUAAAAAAGCAAUCGCUUCGGUGUUCUCCAUCUUCCAGCUCUCGUAGUGAUGCCAGGUUGUGUUUGUGGUUAUAAUUUGAGUUUUUUGUUCCCGCUGAAGUGGGCGGGUUGUGUGACGGGUUGUGUGACGUUUGAUUCGGGGGAUGUUCUGGGGGCGGUGUUUGCGUGACGCGCUGCGAGCAACUAGCCCGACAGUGGAAACGCGACAUGAUUUCGGCCUCAUUUCUCAACCUCCCGGGCUAUUGGCCCGGCCUGGCCCGAUUAAAGCCCUGGUUCGCACUGGCCCGAUAGUGGAAAUGCGGCUAAUGGGGUAUAUGCAUAGUUAGUGUUUUUCAGCCUCCGAUAAACUUCCGGUAAAAGGUUUAUGUGACUACUUUCAAUUUCA